GUUCUUUUUCUUUUUCAUUAAUUAAAAUAAAUUUAUUUCAUGUUCUUACAAGAUUGCAUCCCAACCUAAGUAGGGUUUCUUUAAAAUCAUUCUUUCUGCUUUCCCCAAAAAAUCAUUGUUUCUCAUCACUUUUCUCUUUCAGAUCUUCGUGACGUCAUCAAUGUAAGUUCUUCUAUUCUUUACUCAAGAUCAAUCCAUACUUUGGUUGGUGAAAAUUUGAAGUUUUGAGGCUUAAAUCAACCAAUUUGAGAUUCUUGAUACUGGGUUUAGUAUUGUGUUUUUUUUAUCAAGAUUUUGGUGUUUUUGAUCAAGAUUUGUGUGUAUAAUUGGAGGGUUGUCUUGUUUUGGCUUGAAAAUGUGUAAAAUUUGAUUUACAUGUUAAAGGUGGAAGCUUUUUGUUGUAUAGAAUUUGGGUUUCUUAGCUGAUAUGUUUAAGCAGAUAUUAGGUAAACUUCCUCGGAAGACAUCGUCAAAAUCUUCGCGUAGUAAUUUGAGCAAUGAGGGUGUGUUUAAUUCUGUGAGCUUGGCUGGUGGUGUUAGUAAUAGUUCUCAGAGUAAUUCUGGUUCUAGGAAGGCGGUUAAUUCGGGGUCGGGAGGUUCUCGUCCUAGUAAUGGAACACAUGUUCAAGAACCAAUGAGUACUAGUGUUAAAUCAGAGCAAGGAAAGAAGGUAGGUCUGAUGGGUUCACAAGCUGAUCAAAGGAGGGAAAAUGUGGUUUAUGAAGCUUUGCCUAGCUUUAAGGAUGUUCCGAACUCUGAAAAGCACAAUCUUUUUGUAAAGAAGUUGAGUAUGUGCUGUAUUGUGUUUGAUUUUACUGAUCCCUCGAAAAAUCUAAAAGAAAAGGAUAUUAAGCGACAAACUUUGCUUGAGCUUGUUGACUACAUUUCAUCAGUGACGUCUAAGUUCAAUGAGAUUACAAUGCAGGAAAUCACAAAAAUGAUUGCUGUGAAUUUGUUUCGAGCCUUGCCAAAUCAUGACAAUAAAGUACUGGAUGUGUAUGACCCAGAGGAUGACGAACCGACUUUGGAGCCGUCAUGGCCUCAUCUCCAAAUUGUGUACGAAUUUCUUUUGAGAUUUAUUGCUUCCCCGGAGACUGAUGCAAAACUGGCUAAAAGAUACAUUGACCAAUCUUUUAUUUUGAGAAUACUUGACCUCUUUGACUCAGACGAUCAAAGAGAGAGGGAAUACUUAAAGACAAUCCUUCACCGCAUAUAUGGAAAGUUCAUGGUGCAUCGUCCAUUUAUUAGGAAAUCCAUUAAUAAUGUAUUCUUUAAUUUUAUAUUUGAGACAGGCCACCAUAAUGGUAUCGCUGAAUUGCUUGAAAUCUUGGGUAGUAUUAUUAAUGGUUUUGCAUUGCCUUUGAAGGAAGAACACAAGCUAUUCCUUGUCCGUGCACUGAUUCCCCUUCACAAACCCAAAAGUAUAUCAGUGUAUCACCAACAACUUUCGUAUUGCAUUGCCCAAUUUGUUGAGAAAGACUGUAAGCUGGCUGAUCCAGUGAUCCGAGGUCUGUUGAAGUAUUGGCCAAUAACUAAUAGUUCAAAAGAGGUUAUGUUCCUUGGCGAGCUAGAAGAAGUUCUCGAAGCUACCCAAGCUGCCGAAUUUCAAAAGGUCAUGGUUCCAUUGUUACGUCAGAUUGGUCGUUGCCUCAACAGCUCACACUUUCAGGUAGCUGAGCGUGCAUUAUUCCUAUGGAAUAAUGAUCAUAUACGGACUCUGAUUACCCAGAAUCGGAGGGUUAUACUACCCAUAAUCAUCCCGGCCUUGGAAAGCAACACCAGGAGUCACUGGAAUCAAGCUGUUCAAAGCUUAACCCUUAAUGUGAAGAAAGUCUUUUCAGAUGCAGAUCAGGCUCUUUUUGAUGACUGCCUAUCCAAGUUCGAAGAAUAUCAAAUCAAGGAAAAAGAAACAUUAAGCAAAAGGUUAUCCACCUGGAAGCGGCUGGAAGAUGUCGCCGCAUCCAAGGCUGGGAGCAACGGGGGUUUGCUCGACUCAAGUUUUGCUUCUGUCGCAAUAUCUGCUAGCACAAAUUGUCAGACUGCCGCAGGUAGUUGAAGAUGACUUUCAUGAGCACUCAAGUUGUCAUCAUCAUCAACCUGUUGAUGAUCGUACAAAAGGCGACAUGUCACGCCCACUUUCCUAAAAAAUCUGGUCUCCGCUCUGCUGGCUAUAGAUGACAGAUGGUGGGAUUCUGCGGAUAUUAAGGUUAUGUCCAUUUCUUGUUCUUUGCGCUGGGUCUCGGGUAUUCCCUCGACUGUUGUCAGCCAUGGAGGUGUGUGUAUCAAGCGUCAAUUGAUUCUCGGAGAUGGUAUUUUGAAAUUUGUCUCCUCAGUGUUAUUUGUGUGGAUGAAGCAUGGGAGGGUUACUCCGUACUAGCAUUGUUGAUCAUGUUUUUCCUUUCUACUGCAAAAUUCAUGUUUAAUUUAACCAAUAUAUGCAGCAUUAUUAGCUGCUAAUUGAUCGGUUGUAACCCGUAAGUGUAAGACACAACUUUGCCGGAGUAAUGCUAUCGAAUAAUAACAUCAAAACAUAUUUCAUUUUCA